AUGGCGCCGCCGGCAAGGACGGCGGUGGAGGAAACAAAAUUAAUCGCAUGCUCUUCUAAAGGAAAGAAUCGCACGGUACCAAAUCCUCGCCCCCGACGCCCUCGCACUCGCCCUCGCCCGACGUCGCACCUCUUCCUCCAUCGUCCUGGGUCCUCGUCGACGCCCUCGCCCCCGACGCCCGACCUGCGUUGCCAGGUCAGGAGACUCGCCCUCCGCCACCGACGACCGACGCCCUCGCCCUUCACCCUCGCCCGCCCCCGACACCGACACCGUCGCCCUCGGCCGCGACGCCCGACCUGCGUUGCCAGGUCUGGAGAGUUGCCCUCGCCCUCGCCACCGACGCCCGCGUUGCCUCGACCCCGACGCCCGACGCUCGACGCCCGACACGCGACGCCCGACACGCGACGCUCGACGCGCGACGCCAUCGACACCGUCGCCCUCGACCUCGCCCUCGCCCCUGACGCCGCAGCCCAACGCCCUCGCCGACCUGCGCCUCAUCCUCGCCCGACGCCCUCGCACGACCUGCGUCGGGUUGCCUCGACGCUCGACGCCCAACGCGCGACGCCCUCGCCCCCGACGCCGCAGCCCAACGCCCUCGCCGACCUGCGCCUCAUCAUCGCCCGACGCCCUCGCACGACCUGCGUUGCCAGGUCGCCCUCGCCGUCGCCCGACCCCCGAGCCCAACCUGCGUUGGCAACCUCAGCCCUGCGACCGUCCUUGAAGCCGUCAAUCCUGCGUUUUGCCAGUUCCUGGAGUCGCCCUCGCCUUUGCGUUUCCUGGCCAGUCCACAACCAUAAAACAAGGUACUUAAGUGGAUUUCUCAUCUUACAGUAUAUGUCUGCAUGGAAUAGACCACAAGCCACACACAUUUAUACCAAUGGUAUGGAGAUGCUGCGAAACUUAUUUGUGGAUUUACUAGCGCACGAAAGAAAUGGAUAUCGAAGAUUUCUUCCUGCCGAUAUUAAACAUUAUCUUGGUCGUAUCACCGAAAAGUCUAUAAAGUAGAAUUUGUGAACUUAUAACAUAAUGCUCUCCGUGGCUAUGUUUGAUUUCAGAAACUUUGCUUCUUUAAGAUAAAUAUCA